GACAAGGCAGGUGGGGAGGGAUGGCUGGAGAGCUCAGGGCAUGGCCAGAGCCAGCUGCUCUGCCUGCACUGCUCUGGUGGAGAUCAGCAAAUGUUGGUGCUCAGGAAGUGCCGAGUUCCGGAACAGCUGUUCACUCCCAGCCCACGUCACCCAGACACGGAAACAUGAAACGCACUCAGAUGGGUUGGGAGAGAUUGUGCAACCUUAUCUCGGUGUCCCCUGAGACCAGGGGCUUGGCCAGGACUCCUCAAACCAGGAAGGGAGCUCCUGUAAACAAGGAAAGCACGAGGCUCUCGGAGCAGCUGCAGACUCCCUGAGAAGCUGAAACUGGGACGUAGCACGCUGUGCCAGCACAUCACCCAUCUCCCCCUGGACCUGGGGGGCUCAGUGGUGCCCUGUGAGCUCAACCUGCCUGACCUGCUGUGGGACACGUCCCUGCAGAGCCCCAGCAUCCAGCCAUGCUGCACUUCCUCUGGGACAGCGUCUCCCUCCAGACAUUCCUCAUCUUUCUCUUCAUCUUCCUGCUCAUCGCAGACUACAUGAAGAACAGAAAUCCAAAGAAUUUCCCUCCCACCCCCCUCCGCCUGCCCUUUUUGGGGCACCUCUACCUCGUAGACUUCAAAGAUCCUGUGAGCGCAGUGCAGAGGCAAGCUAAAAGAUAUGGUGACAUCUUCGGCCUGAACAUGGGCGGCAUGAGGUUGGUGUUGGUUACUGGGAUGCGGCUGGUGAAGGAAGUGCUCGUAAACCAAGGGGACAAGUUCCUGGAACGCCCUGACCUUCCCAUCGAUGAGCAGAUCUUCACCAAGAUCGGACUGAUCUCCUCCACCGGGCACCUGUGGAAGGCACAGAGGAGGUUCACCCUGACCACGCUCCGGAACUUUGGCCUGGGGAAGAGGAGCGUGGAGGAGCGCAUCCAGGAGGAGUGCAGAUACCUGGUGGAUGUGUUUAGGGAUGAACAGGGGAAUCCUUUCAACCCUCAGUUGAAAAUCACUAAUGCUGUUGCAAAUGUCAUCUGCUCCCUCAUCUUUGGCAAUCGGUUUGACUACCACGAUGAGGAUUUCCAAAGACUGCUGAAGCUGAUGAAUGAAAUGACUGCCCUCCAUGGAGCUGUCUCAAGCCAGCUGUACAACAAUUUCCCAUCUAUAAUGAAGUACUUACCUGGAGCCCACCAAACAAUUUUUAAACACUGGAGGGUUUUGCAAAAAUUUAUGCAAGAGCAGAUCAACAAACACAAGGAGGACUGGAACCCCUCAGAGAGCCGGGACUACAUUGACAGCUACCUGCUGGAGAUCUCCAAGGACCGCGACAGUAACACCUUCCAGGAGGAGCACCUCAUGGCCUGUGCACUUGACCUGAUGUUUGCUGGGACUGAGACCACGUCCUCAACGCUCCGCUGGGCGUUGCUGUUUAUGGCCGUACAUCCAGAAAUUCAAGCUCGGGUGCAAGCCGAGAUCGACGCGGUCAUCGGCCAGGCACGGCCCCCAGCCCUGGAGGACAGGAACAAGCUGCACUACACCAACGCUGUCAUCCACGAAGUGCAGAGGAAAGGCAACGUUAUCCCUUUCAACGUGCCCAGAAUGGCAUCAGAGGACACUUACGUGGAUGGAUACUACAUCCCAAAGGGCACUAUUGUAAUGACAAAUUUAACCUCUCUGCUGUUUGACAAGAAUGAGUGGAAAACCCCUGAUACUUUUAACCCCGAGCAUUUUCUGAAGGAUGGGAAGUUCUGGAAAAACGAGUAUUUUCUACCAUUUUCUACAGGGAAGCGUUCCUGCCUGGGAGAGCUGCUGGCCCGUUCCGAGCUCUUCCUCUUCUUCACCUCCCUGCUCCAGAAAUUCACCUUCCAGGCACCCCCAGACACCACGCUCAGCCUCCAGUCCAUUCUGGGCAUCACAAAUGCCCCACAGCCCUACAAGAUUUGUGCUGUGCCUCGCUAGGGGAGCCUUGGCCAUCCUCCUCACAUGGAGAAUCCUUUGUCAGGGCUGCUGAAAACAAGCCCUUGACAGCCCUAGCAGGAGGCUGGGUGGUUUAUUUCUUUCAAAGCAAUUGUAAAAUCAUUUUUUUUCGCAAUUAGACCUUGCAGUCUGUAUCCCAUGAUGGUGUGAUCAUGGGAUCAGCCUGGGAGUUUCCAGGGCAUUAUUAGGCUUGUCCUAUGGCACUGUAAAUUAUUAAGGGGCAUGGGCAUUUCCUAAUUUGGUGAUGGAUGGCCAUGGUUCACCUUGGCAAAAUGAGGGACACUAGAGACCUCACUGUGGAGCCACUCACUGUGGCUGGGUACAGUGGGAGAGCAAUACCAGCUUUUGUUUUAUAACAUUAACACAUUAAUUAAUUUGACAUUUCCUUAAGAUGUACUUAUGUAAAUAAAAAGUAACUCUCUAAAA